UGAGACAUGGUUUUCGCAGCGAUCGUCCGCGGAGGCCGGGCUUGUGGGCCGUCAGGAGUGAGGGUUCUGGAUCCCGGCCGCGAGAUGAGGAACCUGGGGCCAUGAGAGGUGAAAUGAUGAGUUACUACCCAAGUCACACAGCUAAUUAAGUAGCAGAGCUGGGAUUAGAACUCAGGUUUCCUGUCUCCCAAGAUUAUUAAAAUGAGUCUUCGGAAGCAAACCCCUAGUGACUUCUUAAAGCAAAUCAUCGGACGGCCAGUUGUGGUAAAAUUAAAUUCUGGAGUGGAUUAUCGAGGGGUCCUGGCUUGCCUGGAUGGCUACAUGAAUAUAGCCCUGGAGCAGACAGAAGAAUAUGUAAAUGGACAACUGAAGAAUAAGUAUGGGGAUGCAUUUAUCUGAGGAAACAAUGUAUUGUACAUAAGUACGCAGAAGAGAAGGAUGUGAAGACUCCACAAGAGCAACACUUUUCAUAGUUGGAUAUAUUUUUUAUGAAAUUUUUUUCUAUAUUUUGGUUCUUUCAUAGUAUGAUUUGUAAUGUUUUUAUAAUAAUUGGCAAUUUUUUGUUGAUUUAUGAGUAAGAUAAAUGUAUAAAAUUGUGGAUGUAAUUUCACAUUUAAGUUUCAGUCAUUUUCUUUUACCUCUGUGACAGUGUACAGAAUGCUAAAAGAA